AUGAAGUCCAAUCAUGAACGCAGUAAUGAAUGUCUGCCCCCGAAGAAGAGGGAGAUUCCCCCUAGCACGCUACCCUCAGAAAGCCGUUCCCCGAUGGCACCGCCCCCCGCCAGCGAGCUCCAGGCCCCCGAGAAUGUAGCCUGGCCAGUGUUGGGCGGGAACGGUAGCGCCGUGGGCGUCUCCCGUAGCGCAGCUCAGUCAGACGCCCCCAAGUACAAAUCCUUGAGCGCCGCGUCCGACUCGGUGAGGCUCGUUUCGUCCCUUCCCGCCGUCUACACGUCCCCCAUCUCUCAAAGCCAGUUGGGAGGGACUGUGCACUACGCCCAACUGCCGCCCAAUCUUCAGUUCAUCGCCUCGCCUUACAGCGCCCCCUACGCCGGCUUCGUUGGCCCUCACCUUCUCCCACCUCCCCCUCCGCCGCCGCCCCUCUCCUCCUCCUCUUGUCAGAGGUCGUCCUCACACCCCGAAAUGCAUUCGUCUUCGUUGGCCACCGCCAAAUACGACCAUCAGCGAGCGUCCGUCCGGUACGCCUCCACCAUGCCCCCGCCACCCACAUCCAUGCACCACCAUCACACCUCAGGUGCGCACUACACGGACCGAGGAACUGCCAGAAAAGAGGAGGGAGUCUCGAGCUCCAAGGAGCUUCACAACGGGGGACUGGAUCGGAGUCGGCGUUUCGGCGCCACGCCGGAGAAUGCUGUCAAAUUGCGUGACGCCUACGAGGCCCUCCAGCUGGUUCUCCCGAUGGACUAUGCUCAUGACCCCUCCGCUCCGAGAACAUCGGUCAUGCUCGUGCCAGACGGUCAUGAGGACAGGCGUCCUGUGCCGUCCUGUGGCAGCCCCGGGAAGACGCGCCAGGAGAAAGGCAGCAUCGUCCUGGGAAAACCAGUCACCCGAAGCCCUUCAUCCUCUAACCACGCUUUCGUGUUUCCCCCACCCUUAAGCGUAGACAAUCUAAAAACUACUAUCAACCCUCUGUCUCCACAGACUGUUAUACAGACCACUCACAACUCUACGGUAGAAUCUCUCCCAAUGGGGGCUACUGCCAUUUACCCCCAGUCCCCGGUGAUAGGUUACAUAGCAGGGACUGGCGGCAGCCAGCACGCGCCAAUCACCUACCACCCCGGCCUUCAGCAACACGUGCUUAUCACGGGUACGCAGCCGGUAAUCAUCCCAGUCAGUGGGACUUCCACUCCAGACCCCCCCACAUCGUCCGCCGAGACUCACCGAGGAGAAGAAACUCCAGAUAAUCCCAGAAGCUCUUACCACCGGGCCACCUCGGGCGCAGUGAUUCAAGCCCAGCUCCACCUUCCCGCGGUUCCGGCGCCCCCUCUGAGCGGGUCAGAAGCGCCCCAGUCUUUACCAGCGUAUUUCGUCAAGGGAUCUAUCAUCCAGCUGGCGGAUGGCGAGCUGAAGCGUGUGGAGGAGCUAAAAACGGAGGACUUCAUCCAGAGCGCCGAGAUCAGCAGUGAGCUGAAAAUCGACUCGUCCACGGUGGAGCGCAUCGACGGUAGCCGGGCCUCGCCUGAUUUUGCCGUGGUUCAAUUCUCCGUAGGCGAGCACCGUUCCCAGGUGAGCGUGGAGGUCUUGGUGGAGUAUCCUUUCUUCGUCUUUGGCCAAGGAUGGUCGUCGUGCUGCCCGGACCGAACCACCCAACUCCUGGAGCUGCCUUGCACAAAGCUUUCCGUGGGUGACGUCUGUAUUUCGCUCACCCUCAAGAACCUGAGGAACGGAUCCCUGACCAAGAGUCACCCCUCGGAGCCGGUCCUCUCUUCCUUGGCUGCCGAUCAAGGGCACCUCUUCCGAGCCCCCGAGACUGUCGGCGGAGGAGGGGAGCGGGAGAACGGAGUGGAUCCGACGGGUAGCUUCGAUGCCUUGGAAAACGGGGAUCUCGGGUCGAGUGAAAGAGGAUCCGUUUUGAGAGCGGACCCCGGGAAGCUGUGCAGUGGCGGCAGGAAGCGGAGGUGGUCUGCGCCUGAAGGUCGGAAAGUGGAAAAACCUGAGGAGCCGCCCUUGACCUUAGUUAAACCGUCUUUUAUUCCUCAUGACAUCAAAGUCACCAUUGAGGGAAGGUCAAAUAUCGGCAAAUGA